CCCUGUGUCUGGGCCCAUCCCGGUCCUUCCAGGUGCAACUACGGCUGGCAGGGACGGUUCUGUGACGAAUGUGUCCCCUACCCCGGCUGCGUGCAUGGCAGCUGCGUGGAGCCGUGGCAGUGCAACUGCGAGACCAACUGGGGUGGCCUGCUCUGCGACAAAGACCUGAACUACUGUGGCAGCCAUCACCCCUGCACCAAUGGGGGCACCUGCAUCAACGUGGAGCCCGACCAGUACCACUGCGCCUGCCCCGACGGCUACUCGGGCAAAAACUGCGAGCGGGCGGAGCAUGCCUGUGCCUCCAACCCGUGUGCCAAUGGGGGUUCCUGCCAUGAGGUGCCAUCUGGCUUUGAGUGCCACUGCCCGUCAGGUUGGAGCGGGCCUACCUGUGCCUUGGACAUCGAUGAGUGUGCCUCGAACCCGUGUGCAGCAGGCGGCACCUGUGUGGACCGUGUGAACGGCUUUGAGUGCAUCUGCCCCGAGCAAUGGGUGGGGGCCACCUGCCAACUGGACGCCAAUGAGUGUGAGGGGAAGCCUUGCCUUAACGCUUUGUCUUGCAAAAACCUGAUUGGCGGCUAUUACUGCAAUUGCAGCCCGGGCUGGAAGGGCGCCAACUGCCACAUCCAUAUCAGUGACUGCCAUGGCCAGUGCCAGCACGGUGGAACCUGCAAGGACCUGGCAGACGGCUACCAGUGUGUGUGUCCACGUGGCUUCGGGGGCCAGCACUGUGAGCUGCGAUGGGACGCCUGUGCUGGCAACCCCUGCCAGGGCGACGGCCUCUGUGAGGACCUGCCGGAUGGCGGCUUCCGCUGCCAUUGUCCCUCUGGCCUCUCGGGGCUCCUCUGUGAGGUGGCCGUGGACUUCUGUGAGCCUAGCCCCUGCCACAAUGGUGCUCGCUGCUACAGCCUGGACAGCGACUACUACUGUGCUUGCCCUGAAGAUUAUGGCGGCAAGAACUGCUCGGUGCCCAGGGAACCGUGCCCUGGAGGGGCCUGCAGAGUGGUAGACGGCUGCGGCCUGCAGGCUGGGGUGCCGUCCGGCGUGUGCGGCCCCCACGGGCACUGCAUUAGCCAGCCUGGGGGUGGCUUCUCCUGUGCCUGCGACAGUGGCUUCACGGGCAUCUACUGCCAUGAGAACAUUGACGACUGCCAGGGACAGCCCUGCCGCAACGGGGGCACGUGCAUCGACGGGGUGGACUCCUUCCGCUGCUUCUGCCCCAGUGGCUGGGAGGGCGAGCUCUGUGACACCAAUCCCAACGACUGCCUCCCGGACCCGUGCCACAACCGCGGGCGCUGCCAUGACCUGGUCAAUGACUUCUACUGCGCAUGCGACGACGGCUGGAAGGGCAAGACCUGCCACUCGCGUGAGUUCCAGUGUGACGCCUACACCUGCAGCAAUGGUGGCACCUGCUACGACAGCGGUGAUACCUUCAGCUGCGCCUGCCCACCGGGCUGGAAAGGCAGCACCUGCAACAUCGCCAGGAAUAGCAGCUGCCUCCCCAAUCCCUGUGUGAAUGGGGGCACAUGCGUGGGCAGCGGGGAUUCCUUCUCCUGCAUCUGCCGAGACGGCUGGGAGGGUCGCACCUGCACACACAACACCAAUGACUGCAACCCCUUGCCAUGCUACAAUGGUGGUAUCUGUGUGGACGGCGUCAACUGGUUCCGCUGCGAGUGUGCACCUGGCUUCGCAGGGCCUGACUGCCGAAUCAACAUCGACGAGUGCCAGUCCUCACCCUGCGCCUACGGGGCCACUUGUGUGGACGAGAUCAAUGGGUACCGCUGUAGCUGUCCGCCGGGCCGGGCUGGCCCCCGGUGCCAGGAAGUCAUCGGGUUUGGGAGGUCCUGCUGGUCCCGGGGUGCCCCGCUUCCCCACGGCAGCGCCUGGCUGGAAGACUGCAACAGCUGUCGCUGCCUGGAUGGCCGCCGGGACUGCAGCAAGGUGUGGUGCGGGUGGAAGCCAUGCCUCCUGACAGCUGAGCCCAAUGCACCGGGCACCCAGUGCCCACCAGGACAGCGGUGUCGGGAGAAGGCCCCAGGACAGUGCCUGCAGCCGCCCUGCGCUGCCUGGGGUGAGUGUGGACCUGAGGAGCUAGCCCUACCUAGCACGCCCUGCCUGCCCCGCUCCGGCCAUCUGGACAACAACUGUGCCCGCCUCACCUUACGCUUCAACCGCGAACAGGUGCCACAGGGCACCACUGUGGGUACCAUCUGCUCUGGCAUCCGCUCCCUGCCGGCUACAAGGGCAGUGGCCCGGGACCGCCUGCUGGUGCUGCUGUGCGACAGGUCCUCCUCGGGGCCCAGCGCGGUGGAAGUAGCCGUGUCCUUUAGCCCUGCGAGGGACCUGCCGGACAGCACCCUGAUCCAGAGCGCGGCCCAUGCCAUCGUGGCAGCUGUCACACAGCGCGGCAACAGCUCAGUGCUGCUGGCGGUCGCCGAGGUCAAGGUGGAAACCGUCGUGGUGGGCGGCCCCAGCACAGGCCUGCUGCUGCCCCUGCUGUGCGGCGCCUUCAGCGUGCUGUGGCUGGCCUGCGUGGUUGUGUGCGUGUGGUGGACGCGCAAGCGCAGGAAAGAGCGGGAGCGGAGCCGGCUGCCGCGGGAUGAGAGCGCCAACAACCAGUGGGCGCCGCUCAACCCCCUCAACCCCAUCCGCAACCCCAUCGCGCGGCCCGGCGCGGCCAAGGACGCGCUCUGCCCGCGCACGAACUUCGCGCCGCCGCCACGCGGAGCGGCCGAGGCCCUGCCGGGCCCUGCGGACGAGGAGGACGCGGAGGACCCCCUGGAGGUGGAGCGGUUCCUCCCGCGCACCAAAGACCCCGACGGCUCCCCGGGCCGGCCGGUGCGCUGGGCGCCGGGCCCCAAGGUGGACAACCGGGCGCUUAGCAGUGCCCGCGAGGCCCUGUAUGUGGGCAAGCAGUAGGCGGUGGCUGCGGGGCGGACCCGGGCCCUGCCGGACUGCGAGGGCCGGGGCUCUGUGCAUAGUUUCUUUAUUUUGUGUAAAAAAAAGGAAAAGAAAAAAAAAAGAAACAAAACAAAAAAACUCACUGGAACCAAAACCCAAACCCAAACCCAGAGGUUUAUUUUGUACGUGCCCGAACCCGUGUGUAAGUUAUUCGGAGCGGUGGGCGGGGCACCGGCGUUGGUUUACAGACGUG